UAAAAAGGUUGAGGGGUGAUGAAAUAUUCAGAAAGGGAGAGUUGACGGAAAACCGAGUGAACUGGUUGGAGGGAUCCGGCAAAGUUUCGUCGGAUUUCCUCCAUUUGUCGUCGGAAUUUUGGAAGCUCUCUCUCUCCCUCUAUAUUUUUAAUCGCUGGAAUAGAAAGAAUAUUGGGAAAAUGAAGGGAUCUGGACCUCUUGUUGCGACCGUGCUUGCUGCUUCCACGAUGGCUUUGUCCUCAUCUUGCUACACCGGAACCCAUAAUGCUUCGUUUCCCCCUACCUCUUCCAAUCAGGGGACAGGGAACGGUGCGUCGAGCAGUUUGACGACAUCGGGACCGGAAAAAUUUGCGCCGCGGUUUGAUGGUUUGAGAUUCAUAGAGACAUUGAUCACGGCUCACAGAUAGAGGGAAACGCCGUUCUCUCUCCGUUUUUUAUUUCCAUUUAUUAAUUUUUGAAGGUUUCGUUUUGUUACUCAAAAACAUUGGUUAAAACAAAAACUAAUUU